CCGUGUGUCUAGAAGGCCUCUCCCCACCCCCACGCCGUGUGAGUUUGUACUGCAAAGCUCCUUGGCAUCCUCGCUGGGUUGGGUGUUGGGGAGCUCAAAUUGCAGCUACGAACUGGCUGGCAGCCAGGGGCCGUCUAUUUAAAAGCGCUUGCUCCACCGGAGCCCGUAGUCUCUUUGGAAACUUCUGCCGGGGGAAAGAGCUAGGAAAAAGCUGCAGAGCGGUGCGCUGUGGGGUUUCUCCUUUUUUUUUUUUUCUUUUUUUUUUUUUUUUUUUUGCUCCUUUUAAUUACCCCUUCCUCCGUUUGCACCCUUCUCCGGGCUUCACGCAGAACCUGCGAAUUUCGAAGAGGUGGUGGCAGAGUGGGAGCAAAGAGGUGUUAGGAUUUUGGAUUGGGGCUCUUUUUUUUUUAUUUCUUGAUUUCAACAUUUUCCCUCACCGUCGCCGCAACAGCCGACGACGCCUCUUACCUGUUCCGCGGGCAGCCGCGCGCCGCUGGCAGCUGAGGGUUUAGAAAGAAGCAGGGCUUAUUUUAGAUUUUAAACAAAAAUUUUGAAGGCAAAUCCAUUUUUCUCUCCCCCCCUCCCACACCCCCUUCUCCUCCACAGCCUCCGAGCUCAUUAUCCCGGUGGUUGCUUUGGGGUGAACAAUUUUUGUCUUUUCUCCCCCUGCAAUUCUGACCAGGUCCGCCUGGGCGUCUGUCUCUCCGGCCUCAUCUCCCUCUGCGUGCACCUGGCGCUGCUUACUCCCCCAACCUGUUGCUAGUCUUUAAUCCUUGAAAUUGGACUUGCUUGCAGGCACCCCCGCCCUCCAUCUCUCUCUAUGUUUUGCAAUUGUCUGGGAGAGGGCACCUGCUCUACUUGCUAGAAAAAAAUCUCCCCCACCCCCUCCGGGCGCUCUUUCGGCCCCUUUCUCGCUGCACUCUCACCCUCCUGCCCCGCCCCAAGGUAAACGGGGAGUCUCAGGAAGAUGGUGCUCACCGCGGUCCUCCUGCUGCUGGCCUCCUGUGCGGGGCCGGCGCAGGGCCUGGGCUCCUUCGUGCAUUGCGAGCCCUGCGACGAGAAAGCCCUUUCCAUGUGCCCCCCCAGCCCCCUGGGCUGCGAGCUGGUCAAGGAGCCGGGCUGCGGCUGCUGCAUGACUUGCGCCCUGGCCGAGGGGCAGUCGUGCGGUGUCUACACUGAACGCUGCGCGCAGGGGCUGCGCUGCCUCCCGCGGCAGGACGAGGAGAAGCCGCUGCACGCCCUGCUGCACGGCCGCGGGGUUUGCCUCAACGAAAAGAGCUACCGCGAGCAAGCCAAGAUCGAGAGAGACUCCCGUGAGCACGAGGAGCCAACCACCUCCGAGAUGGCAGAGGAGACCUACUCCCCCAAGAUCUUCCGGCCCAAGCACACCCGCAUCUCUGAGCUGAAGGCCGAGGCAGUGAAGAAGGACCGCAGAAAGAAGCUGACCCAGUCCAAGUUUGUUGGGGGAGCUGAGAACACUGCCCACCCCCGGGUCAUCUCUGCACCUGAGAUGAGGCAGGAAUCUGAGCAGGGGCCCUGCCGCAGACACAUGGAGGCUUCCCUGCAGGAGCUCAAAGCCAGCCCGCGCAUGGUGCCCCGUGCCGUGUACCUGCCUAACUGUGACCGCAAAGGAUUCUACAAGAGAAAGCAGUGCAAGCCUUCCCGUGGCCGCAAACGUGGCAUCUGUUGGUGUGUGGACAAGUACGGGAUGAAGCUGCCAGGCAUGGAGUAUGUCGACGGGGACUUUCAGUGCCACACCUUCGACAGCAGCAACAUUGAGUGAUGCGUCCCCCCAACCCCAUCUUUCCCCUGCCCCAUCCCACCCCCAGCCCUGCCUCCAGCCAAUGCCUCCCUCCACCCCAGGACGCCACUCAUUUCAUCUCAUUUUAAGGGAAAAAAAUUACAUAUAUCUAUCUAUUUGAGGACACUGAGGACCUCGGAAUCUCUAGCAAGGUCUCAAUUUUGAAAACAGCGACAACAGAGAUACAAAAAGCUAAGGAGAGCCCCCCUAAAACAAUUCUCUUUUUAAGACAAGUUGAAUGGACAGGGAAGGGAAGAGAGGAAGAGCAAGAGGAAGAAAGGGGAAGAAAGCACGUGUGUAGAAGAGAGGGAAGGAGGAACAGAGUUACAAAAAGGAGAAGAAGAAUGUGGGCGGGAAGGAGAGGUCACUGGGUCACGGCUGGAGCCAUCUUUUGUGUCCAGCCCUGGCCGAGUUGGGGAGAUGGUUGGGCACUAGAAGGUGUGCCCCAAGAUGUGGCAUUGAUGACACACUUGGAUACUUCCCACUUUGGAUUGGUCGCAGGAGGAGAAAGGAAAAGGCAGGCAGCUCCUCUCUUGGCUCCAUCCCCUCGAGCCAGCCAUCUAGACGGCUUGCACCCUGUCCUUCCUCUCAUCCAGCCAUGUUCUCUCUCCCGCAAAUUUAUGAAAACUAAAAUGCAUUCCGUUCCUCUCAAAACAAAGCAAAUUAAUAACUAAGUGAUAUUAGAUAGCUAGGUUUCCCUAAGCAGACACAUAAAUAUUGAAUCUGUGUGCAUAUUUCACUCCCUGUGCAGACUUUUAGAUAUCAGUACACACCCCAGUAGUGAGAAGACUUGUUCUUCCAGGGAGAGUAAAACUACGGGCCGACGCGUGUGGUUCCAGCCCCUCCUUGCGUUCCAUUUGCAACUAGCACAGCCUUGGUGGGAGGAUAGGCUGAGAAAAAUUAAAUGUGGGCUUGUAGUUAUCUACAAGGCUCCAAAUAGUCAUAUAUAGACAUAUAAAUCUAUUUUCUUUCUCUCUUUCUUUCUCCCUUCCUUUAAAGGUUUGCAUUAACUUUUCAAAGUAGAUUAUAUGGGAGGCAUUGAGGAGCUUCCUCAUUCUGGGAAAACCAAGAAAAUCCAUAUUCUUCUAACACAACCCAGUUUUCCUGCCUCCCAGGGGCAACAAAUUCAUGGGAGUUUGUGAGACACGCUGUUGGAUUUUUCAUGAUUUUCCAUGUAUGUUCACAUGUUCACCAAGCCAGGUAGAUGAGAGCCCUCAGAGGGGCGCCCACCAGGCACUCCCAGCUCAUCCCAUUUCAGCCAUCAGACCCUCUGGAAGUAACUGUCUCUGGACCCCACACCAAACGAGCCCAACAGGUUCAAGUUUAAACCCUGGUCCUGCCAAGCCUUUCCAUGCCAUCUGGGCAGAGCCUGCAUUUUAGUCUUCAUGCUGGCAGAGCAGGAGAGAUGAGAGACAGGAAAGCAGGAGAUGGAGACAAAAAGGUGUAUGUACAUACAGGGAAACACAAAAAGUGACUGUCAAGCCAGAGGAGAUGGAGGGAAGGGACCGAGGGUUGAAGGAACAGGGAGCCGACUGCCCCAUUCUAGCUUUGGAGCAAAGCAACAGAACGGAGGAGAGAAACUUCCAUAGCUCUCCAUGAAUCCCUUGGGGGUUCAAGGGGAAGGAGAGAGGAAAACGGGGGGAGAGGAUGUAAGAGGGCAGUGAGCUUACUCCAGGCCUUGGAGCUGGGGAAGGUAGAAGAUAAUUUUAAGUGGGUUCCAGACUUUAGCAACUGGAUAGGAGCAAGGAUCAGCAGAGACUGACCAGGCUUUUGAAGAGACGAGACUGUGUUCUCAAUGCCCACCUUCACCUGCAAUGGGGGGCUGAAGCCAGAGUGCCUUUCAAGCUCCUCAGCCACUCUGGCAAAGUGCAGGCUUCCUCCCUGGGGUGGAGGAGAGAAGAAAGGCCUGGGACAACCAGGGAAUGGGUGCUCCGGGGCACCAUCAUUCGGCAGCCAGAUUCUGAACCAAGGAGAAUUCCAUUCUCACCGACUUCUGCAACACAUUGGCAGCCCUGGGACUGUCCUGAGGCUGGAGCUAGCCUGCCAGGAAAGGGGGCCUGGACACUGGCAAGGAGACCUUUUGGGCUGUGAAUGCAGCUCUUCCCACUCCUUCCUGAUGGCGUGACACAGCGGAGACCACCCAGCACUGAACCUGGGACAAUGAAGACGGACAGCAGAGAAGUCAAGCUGUUCGGGCUAGUGGGAAACUUGGAGAUGUCUCCCACCUCCCAGAUGGGACAGCUGGCUGGGGUGGGAGAGGAGGCCGAUCCUCGCAGGACAAAGGGCCCGAUGGGGACGGCAGCCAUGAGGACUUGCUUGGCCUUGCUUGUCAGCCACCCCAUCUCUCUGCACAAGUGUCCCCAACCCCUGACUCACAUUUCUAUGUCUUAGGCCAGUAUCGUAAACCUUUCCCACCGCCUCGCUGUCUGCCUACUCAUUUUUUGGAUCUUGAACAGUCAUCUAACGGGGAUUUGCCUGGGGUGCCAUUCCCCCUAAGAAAAGACUGAGCCAGGAAUUGCAUUCCCCACCUCUACCCCUUCCCAAGCCUGGACCUGGCUCCUGAGAGAGGCUCCACCCCUCACCCCCAACUCUGCUGUUUACUGGACUUUGGAUGGACCUCAGCCCCGUACGCCAGCUCUUUGCCAUUAGCCAUACGGUGGGGGGUUACGGCCUGAUUUAGCUCCACCAGUCUCUUCAGGCUUCCGAAGUUCAUGCCGAUUAACCCAAGCCUGUGAGUCUCCAGCGCUCACAGGGGCUCAUUCUGGUCAACUGGCCACUCUCUACAGGAUGCUGGACCUUCAUGGCAGAUGGAACUAAGAGGGAGGUCUGGCCUGAGCCCGAAGUGGGGAGACCCUGGGGAGGGAGUCCCUGACGAAGAUGGAGCCCCUGCCUGGGUCGGGUGUGGGGCAGCAGGUGAGGAUGCUGCCAGCUGUGAGGCCCUGAUCAGGGCUCUUCAGACUGCAGGCUGCCUUCUGGCCCCUGUCUGGGGCUCUGCAGGCCUUAGGCUCUGCGUUCUCUAGGGCUUCAUGUCUAAAUGUUGACCCGCACCCCAACAGGUCUCUUCCCAUCCCCUUUUGACUCAUGCCUCACUCUGGCAGUGGAGACGAUGUCUGUCAUCUCCCACUGCUGCCAGGUGAUCGAGGGAGGCCUUGACAGGACUGAUCCUGCUUCCCCCAGGGCUGCCCUUCCUGCUGGGCAAAGCAAGGCAUCUGGGAAGGCAGAGCCUCUAAAGUUUCUCAGACAGCCAGGCCUGGACACACAGGCCUGGAGACAUUCAACCCCACACGUGCAGGGAGGACGGGAGGCCCAGGAGGCCCAGUGUCAUCCACCUCCUGCCUCCUUGCUCGUUUUCCCAUCACCACCUCGGUGGUCUCCAUGGUGACCAGCAGCGUCAGCCUGUCCUGGAGAGUGGACCUUGACAGUGCGUUGCCCUCUCCGUCCACUCAGGCCCAGCGAGGGCCCCAGCUCCAAGCAGAACUUCAGAGAGGAGUGGGCCAAGGGGGAGCAACCCUCCGGUCUCAGAGAGGACAUUUUGGCUUCCAAGAGAAAGGAGACUAACUGUUGGGAAGUGGUGGGACGAGGGAACGGGGUUUACCAGCCAGCAGCCUGGGCGUUGUACUGUCUUUAUUUUUAAAACCACUAAAGUGCAAGACGUAGUUUGCACUUUUCUCCACUUUUGUUUUCUCUUAGGUUUUUGCUUCUUUUUUUGAAACAUGCUUUCUUGGUUUUCUAAUGGAGUCUGUAGUUUAGCCAUUUCUGCACACACUGGCCUCCUCUCUUUAACUCUUUUUGGAUGGGCAAAGGGAAGGUGGGGAGAGUCAGCCACCUGCACCCCUUCACCCCCACGUCUCUGUCCCCUCCACCAGCCUGAGUCCCGACACCACCUCCACAGUGUAGCCCACACGGAUAGACAGUAGUCAGACAAGAUUCCUUCAGAUUCCGAGUUCCCUACUGGUUUGUUCGUUUGUUUAUGUCAGCAAUAACCACAGCAUGCAUUGUUGGGGUUCUUCGUAGCGUUACAGUCAUACAUACCAUAGCUCUAUUCUCUCCUUUUUUGUUUUCAACUUUAAAAAAAAAAGUAAAUGCUCAUAAUCAAUAGUGGUGAAAAGGAUGAAAAAAAUAAACCAACAAACAAAACCAGUUUGUGGGGGAAAAAAAAAAAAGAAAAAAAGUGGAACAAGAAAUCACCUGAAGGCAGAAGAGAGUGCCUCCUGUUUAGCAUUUUGUACCUAAGGAAAUAAAAAAAAAAAAAAAACACCCAGAGAAUCUCACGUUUUAUUAAAAAAGUGAAGAUUGCUGUACACUAUUUAUUCAACUUAUAAUUUAUGUUACUCCUUGAUCUUUGUCUUUUGUCAUGACAAAGCAUUUAUUUAAUAAAGUUAUGCAUUCAGUUA